UCUAGGAAGAAAUGGAGCUCUGUUGGAUGCUGUGCCCACUUUGGUUUCUCGUGCUUUCGUUGACGUAUUCAGCUGCCGCCCCUGCUCUUUUUGCACUGCCACGGACAGCCGGUUGGAAAGAUUUCUACCUGGCCCAGGAAUACCUGGACAAAUAUUACACCCCAAAAGGAGAACAUCACGUUGGAGAAAUGACCAGCGGUAGCAAUUCCAUGACCAGGAAGGUCCAGCAGAUGCAGGCGUUCUUUGGCUUACGUGUCACAGGGAAAUUGGACUACAGCACCAUGGGAGUCAUGAAGAGGCCUCGGUGUGGCGUCCCUGACGUAGCAAACUAUCGCCUUUUCCCAGGGGAACCGAAGUGGAAAAAGAACACAUUGACAUACAGAGUAACAAAAUAUACAUCCAGCCUGAGUCACGCAGAUGUUGACAAGGCCGUGGAGAUGGGGUUGAAAGCCUGGAGCGCGGCUGCCCCUCUGAAUUUUGUAAAGGCCACCUCGGGAGAAGCGGAUAUCAUGAUAUCGUUCCAAAGCGGAGAUCAUGGGGACUCCUACCCAUUUGACGGCCCGCGGGGGACUCUAGCCCACGCUUUUGCACCUGGGGAAGGACUGGGUGGAGACACGCAUUUUGACAACGCGGAGAAGUGGACAAUGGGAAUGAAUGGGUUUAAUCUGUUCACUGUGGCAGCUCAUGAAUUUGGCCACGCCUUGGGCCUUGCCCAUUCGGCCGACCCGUCAGCUCUGAUGUAUCCAACAUAUAGAUACCAACAUCCAUAUGGCUUCCAUCUCCCCAAAGAUGACGUGAAAGGGAUCCAGGCCCUUUACGGAUCACGGCUAUCUGGAUCCAAAGUACCACAAGUGCCGCAUCCGCCUCGUCCCAAACCACCAACUCCAGCUGAUCCAGACCACUGUGACGCCACGUUUUCGUUUGAUGCUGUUACGAUGCUAGGGAAAGAACUUCUUUUCUUCAAGGAUAGGCUCUUCUGGAGAAGGCAGGCUCAGCUGACGUCAAGCGUACAGCCACUUUCCAUCACAAGCUCUUUCCCUCAGCUCAUGUCGAAUGUGGACGCUGCCUACGAAGUAGCUGACAGAGGAGUUGCUUAUUUUUUCAAGGGCCCCCAUUACUGGACAACCCGCGGGUUCCAAAUGCAGGGCUCUCCACGGGCCAUCGCAGACUUUGGAUUUCCUAGGAAUGUGCUACGAAUAGAUGCAGCUGUCUACCUGAGGGAUGAAAAGAAGACGCUCUUCUUUGUAGGAGAUGACUAUUACAGCUAUGACGAAGCCAAAAGAAAAAUGGAGAAGGAUUUCCCAAAGAGCAUCGAGGACGAGUUCUCGGGAAUCAGUGGCAGGAUUGAUGCAGCAGUAGAAGUAAAUGGUCACAUUUACUUCUUCUCAGGCCCCAAAGCCUAUAAAUACGACAAGGAAAAGGAAGAUGUGGUUAAUAUUGUGAAAUCCAGCUCCUGGGUGGGCUGCUGAACUGAAGUGGGAAGUGGAUUAUCACAGUGAGCUAGAAGAUAACUGGAAACUUUGGAGCCUGUCAGCCAAAAUCACAUUCUGUGGAUUUGAUUCCAGAAGCACAAUGGCAAAAGGAUGUGCCGUUAUUGCUCAAGCCCAGAAAAAAAAGAAGAGGGGGAACGCAUCGAAAUAAAUGACACAAUAGCAUUUCAAGAUAGCUUGGGGAAAUCCCUAGGGGGGGAAAUUCCAUGUACUCAUCUUUUAAAAGUCUGGUAUCUUCAGGGAUAGAAAGGAAAGAUGGACCCCAAUGCUAUGCUGACACUUCUACCCCAACAAUGUUUCCUCAGAACAACGGUCGCAUUAUGCCAGGGGAUAGGGAUAGGGGAUGGUCGCCACCACUGAGGGGGUGCCAUUUCCUUCCCAUAAUGCCCCUGGAACCACACUAAGCACCACAUAGCAUCACUGAAAGCGUGUGAUGAUGUGUUGAAGUGCAAAUGAUGGCAACUGGUUGUGUGUUUCAGUCAAGGAUUACUGUUGUUAGCCGCUCUCAGCCAGGCUUCGGCUGGGGAGGGCGGGAUAUAAAUAAAAAAAAUUAUUAUUAUUAUUAUUAAGGAUGGGAGAGAAGUUCCAUUAAGGCCCCACCUACACCAUAUAUUUAAAGCAUUAUUGUGCCGCUUUAAACCAUCAUGGCUUCCCCUCAAAGAAUCCUGGGAACUGUAUGGGUGCUGAGAGCUGUUAGAAGGUCCCUUUCCCCACAUGGUUCUACAAUUCUCAGAAUGGUUGUAAAAUGCCCCUUCUUGGAUUUUUUUGCUCUGUGAGGGGAACUCCAAACAAUUUUCACACACCACAAUCUGCAGGGAAGCUGUGGUUGUUUGAAGCUGUAUGAUAAUACUUUAAAUGCAUAGUGCAGAUGGCAACUCAGUUAAUAUUUAAAAACAGAUUUGCCUAAGUCAUGCUUUCUGAAACAAUACACAAACCAGUAACAAAAGCCAUGCUUGGAACAUUGCCCUUCUCCUCCCAAGAAAUGUAUACAAUAAUACAAAAGUGUGCACUCAAAUGCAUAUGUAAGACUGGAAUGUCCCUCUAAAAUUUUGGAAUGCAGUGAGGGGGCUUUUUAUUUGCCUUGAAAAUGAGGAAGAAAAAUGUCUAGGGCAAACAAGAUGGGACAGCAAACCAAAUUGUUACCCAGAGGAAUGGAUGCAAAACAAUUCACGAGGGAAAGUAUAGAUUAACGACUUGCCUAAUCCUUGGAUUUUUAUGUUGUGAACCGGCCUGUGAUCUUCGGA